AGUGGCUGAAUCCUAAAUGGAUUUCUACUUCCUGUGCUAGUGCACUACACAGUCUAUAAAACUGUGGUGUUUACAUACUCUGUAGUGCACUAUAUAUCCUAUCAGGAAGUCAAAACUAGUGAAAAGUUACAGUGUGUGUUGCUAAUUAUUAACAGAUUAUCAAAUUGAUGCUAAUCAUGAUCAUGUUUUACUUCUUUUAAACUUUAGAGCACUCUAUGGCUAACAUUGCUAAUGAUUAUUCAAAUAAGUUUAGCUCAUUAGCAGUUAUCCUCAUCAGAUAAUCCUUAGUGAGAUACUGAAGUAGUUUAAUUAAUCUGGACAGUGACGUCAUAUGUUACAUUUGAGCUGAUUUGAAGCUGAUUCUACGUCAUCUCUCCUACCCACCUGAGGCAGUGAGAAUAACCUGGAUACCUUCUUGUGUGCAUGUGGACAAUACAAAGGUGAAGGCAGGGCAGCGGUAGCUCAGUGGUUAAGACGUCCGACUUCUGAUCGGAACGUUGUGAAUUAAAAUCCCAGCACCUCUAACCUGCCACUGCUGGACCCUUAACCCUCAACCGCUCAGCGGUAUAAAUGAGAUAAAUGUAUAUUGCUCUGGAUAAGGGCGUCCUUCAGCCAUCUUAACAUCCUGCUUCUUUUCCUUGGCUUUUACACAUCAGACUCCAUGUAAACCAUAUGGAGCUCUCUGUUAGCAGUUAGAGAUUACAGUCAGAGCUACAUGUAUUCUGUCCUACAAACUACAGGUCGACAGAUUGAUCGGUUUUGCCAGUUAAUCAGCACCGACAACCGAUUGCGGUUACCGGUAAAAAAAAAUAAAAAAAAUAAAUAAAAAGGAGAUGGAGAAAUUUAGACGUGUGGUAUUUAGACAUGUGAGACUCCACUCUGCACCAAACAUCAACAACGAAAAGGAGUUAUCAGGAGUGUGUGUGUGUGUAACAAACUGGCAAUGGCCUGCUCUCAGCUCUUGUACCUGGAGUGGAGUCUGUUUUUCAUACAUUCACUUUUCUUUUCUUUUUUUUAAAUUACAGCACUUUUUAUGUGCUGCAAUUUCUAUGUGGUAAAACUAAAUGUAUAAGUAUACCCUUUAUUAAAAUCUAUGAAUGUACAAAUCCAUGAAUUACAGUGCCCUCCACUAAUAUUGGCACCCUUGGUAAAUAUGAGCAAAGAAGGCUGUAAAUAAUUAUUUAUUGUUUAACCUUUUGAUCUUUUGUUUAAAAAAAAAUCACAAAAAUACUCUGCUCUCAUGGAUCUCAAACAAUUGCAAACACGACACAGGUUUAUCCCGAAAUAAAUAUUUUUGCUAAAUAGGUGUGCAACAGUUAUUGGCACUCCUAUCAAUUCAUAUGAGAAAAGUAUAUUUGAAGUAUAUUCCCAUUUAUAUUUUGAAUUUUUUUUUUAGUACACCUGGGUGACUAGAAACAGGAAAUUGUUCAACCAUGACUUCCUGUUUCACAGGGGUAUAAAUAUGAGGUAACACAUAGGCCAAAUUCCCUUAGUCAUUCAUAACAAUUAGUAAGAGCGAGGAAUAUAGCUGUGAUGUGCGGCAAAAGGUUAUUGAGUUUCACACAAUGGGAAGUGUCUAUAAGAAAAUAGCACAAGCAUUGAAAAUGCCCAUUUCACCAUCACAGCAAUAAUUCGAGUGACCAAAAAACCUCCAAGGAUCACAGCUGGAGAACUGCAGGAGUUAGUUGUGUCUUGGGGUCAGAAAGUCUCCAAAACUACAAUCUGAAGUCACCUCCAUCACCACAAGUUGUUUGGAAGGGUUUCAAGAAAAAAGCCUCUACUCUCAUCCAAAAACAAACUCAAGCGUCUUCAGUGUGCCGAGACUACUGGAACUUCAAAUGGGAUCGGGUUCUAUGGUCAGAUGAAACCGAAAUAAAGCUUUUUGGUAAUAAACACAGAGGUGGUUUUGGAGCACACAGAGAGGUAGCCGUAUGGAAAAGUUCCUCAUGUCCACGGUUAAAUAUGGAGGUGGAUCUUUAAUGUUUUGGGAAUGUUUUUUUCUGCCAGAGGACCUGGACAUUUUGUUAGGAUACAUGGCAUCAUGGACUCUCAAAUAUCAACAGAUAUAUUAAAUGAAAACCUGACUGCCUCUGACAGAAAGCUUCAAAUGGGCCGUGGUUGGAUCUUCCAGCUGGACAAUGAUCCAAAACAUACAUCAAAAUCAACACAGAAAUGGUUUACUGACCACAAAAUCAAGGUCCUCCCAUGACCAUCCCAGUCCCCUGACCUGAACCCCAUAGAACACCUGUGGGGUGAACUGAAGAGGAGAGUCCACCAGCGUGGACCUCAAAAUGUGAAGGAUCUGGAGUGAUUUUGUAUGGAGGAACGGUCUCAGAUACCUCGCCAACCUUCUCCAACCUCAUCAGGGAUUAUAGGAGAAGACUCGGAGCUGUUAUCUUGGCGAGGGGGGGGGUAGCAUAAAGUAAAGACUUAAAGGGUGCCGAUAAUUGUUCCACACCUAUAUUUAACAAUGAUGUAUAUCUCUCUUGCACAGAGGCACAAAUGAAAGAAAAAAAACAGACCCCACAAAACACGGAUGUCUACUUAAUAUACUUCCUUGUUCAAAAGGACAGCACUUUUCAUCCAGUUCUAGACUUGAGAGGAUUGAAUAGGUUUUUAAAGCUUUAUACAUUUUUGUUUGUUUUUCUGGGCUGUAAAAUGGUGCUGUGGGCACACUGUUCAGACAGUGGAGUGGUUCCUGCACACAGAAGUGCUAGCCCAGAUCUGAGAAAGGUAAGACACAUGUACCUCUUUCCCAAUGCCAGGUCAACAGAUCUCUAGUUGUGCUUCUCCCAGGCAGAACUGGACAGUGCACUGGGAGGAGAUGCACUGGUCUACAACUGACCUCACCAUCUUCUAUACUUUUCCUCCCCCUCCACUACUACUACUCUACUAGAUUUUGGCCCAGUGACGAACAGUAGCUUGAGACCCCAACAGCAUUCCUACACCAUUCAUUGUUUGGCGAUGUCUUACCAGGCAGUGCCUUCCUCCUGAGCUUUGUUUUGCAAUGUUCAGCAAAAGUUCGUGAUGAUGUUCACCAGUUCUUCUGAUGCACAUCUUUGGUAAAAGUUUCCCAACUGGUGCUUACUACAGUACAUGUAACUACUACAUGUUUACUACUACAUACCUGUAGCAGCCGCAGUGUGCUACCCACAAUAGCUUUAUUGGUCUUGCAUGUAAAUCUCAAGCGUAAACAAGCAUAGAAGAGAAUUUUCCUGUUAAUCCGCAUUCAACCAAUCUGAACAAUUUCUCAUGUAUGCAGUGAGGGUGCUUUUUAAUCUACUGGAUGUAAUAAGGACGUGUCAGUGAUCCAGUCAGUGGAAUUUCAAUCGCAAGAACAUUUCUCAGAUUGAUUCCAAUCAUUGUUUAUGAUUAGCCACACAAUUUGUACCAUUAAUACUGCUAAUAACUGUAACACCAAAAUACACAAAUCUAAAGAAAUGGAGAAGGAGCUUUUAAAUUGCAACCCAACCACUACAUCUAUUACACGAAGAGGGAAACAAAAUUCAAUUUUGGUGGUGUGGAGGAAAAAGACUGCCCCCACUGAAUGGUAGCUGUUGUGUGAUAGAGGAGAGUUAGCUAGUGGGUAGGAACUGUCAAGGCCAAACUGGGGAGAAAAUGUCAGAAAAACAGAAUUUGCACAAUGUUUGAAUUAUGAUAGAUGCGUUGCUGAAUGACUGCCAUGGAAUGGCAUCUGAUCCGAGGUGUAUCUGGCCUCAUGCCCAGUGUUCCCAGAACAUACAGUAUCUCACAAAAGUGAGUACACCCCUCACAUUUUUGUAAAUAUUUGAUUCUAUCUUUUCAUGUGACACACUGAAGAAAUGACACUUUGCUACAGUGUAAAGUAGUGAGUGUACAGCUUGUGUAACAGUGUAAAUUUGCUGUCCCCUCAAAAUAACUCAACACACAGCCAUUAAUGUCUAAACCGCUGGCAACAAAAGUGAGUACACCCCUAAGUGAAAAUGUACAAAUUGGGCCCAAUUAUUUAAUAAAUCAGGAGUUGUAAAUGGAGGUGAAGAUUGUCAUUGUGGUGUCUGGCAGGAGGUUGGUACAUGGCUGGGAAGUGCUUCAGACAGAUUUGAGCGUUGUCCUGUCUCCUCCUGUUGUCCUCUUUCCUACAUAUCAUAACCUCCACAAGAAUAUCAAGCAUUUCAACUAUGAUGAAGUCAGAAGAGAUUAAAUGUGAGGAUCUGGAACCUGUGGAGAGCUGCAGUAGUGAACAAAUCUCUGAUACUUUCCACUCUAAGAGCUCUCGCAGACGAGUGCAGAAAGAAAUCUUUCACUGCUCAGAGUGUGGAAAAAGUUUCAGUCACAAUUGUCAUCUCGAACAACAUCAGCGAAUUCACACAGGAGAGAAGCCGUAUCACUGCUCGCAAUGUGGGAAGAGCUUCAGUCAAAAGGGUCAUCUCAAAGAACAUCAGCGGACUCACACAGGAGAGAAGCCGUAUCGAUGCUCACAGUGUAGGAAGAGCUUCAGUCAAAAGGGUCAUCUCAAAGAACAUCAGCGGACUCACACAGGAGAGAAGCCGUAUCACUGCUCACAAUGUAGGAAGAGCUUCAGGAAUAAGAGUCAUGUCAAACAACACCAGCGCAUCCACACAGGAGAGAAACCGUAUCAGUGUUCACAUUGUGAGAAAAGGUUUAGUGUGAAAGGUUUUCUCAUAAAUCACCUGCGAGUUCAUACAGGAGAGAAACCGUAUGAGUGCUCAGAGUGUGGGAAGAGUUUUGCACAGAUGAUUAAUCUCAAAACACACCAACGCUUUCACACAGGAGAUAGACCACAUAACUGCCUGGAGUGUGGGAAGAGUUUUAUAAAAAAGUCUGAUCUUGAAAUACACCAGCGCGUUCACACUGGAGAUAAACCGUAUUACUGCCCACUGUUGUGCGGAAAGAGUUUCGAUCGAGAGAGUUUUCUCAGAAAGCAUCAGCGGAUUCACACAGGAGAGAAACCGUAUCAAUGCUCAGAGUGUGGGAAGACUUUCAGGCAAAAGAGUCAUGUCAAUCAGCACCAGCGCAUUCACACAGGAGAGAAGCCAUAUCAUUGUUUGGAGUGUGGGAAGAAGUUUACCUGGCAGAGAGACCUUCAGCAACACCAGCGCAUCCACACAGGGGAGAAACCGUUUCAAUGCUCAGAAUGUGGGAAGAGUUUUACACAAAAGUCUGGUCUCCAAGUACAUCAACGCAUUCACACUGGAGCAAAACCGUAUUACUGUCUAGAGUGUGGAAAGAGUUUUAGUCGAGAAGACACUCUCCAAGUACAUCAUCGUGUUCACACUGGAGAGAAACCGUAUUACUGCUCAUUGUGUGCAAAGAAUUAUACUACCCUGAGUGAUCUUCGAAAACACCAGCGCGUUCACACAGGAGAGAAAUCAUAUCACUGCUUGGAGAGUGGGAAGAGUUUCAGUCCAAAGAGUAAUUUUCAGCAAUACAAGCACAUUAACAAAGCUGAAAAUGAGGAUAUGAUAUAAUUUUCAAGAAAGUGUGGGAUUUAACUUGUUUUAUUCUAAAUACUCGUCUUGAGUCAAAUUUACCACUUGUUUUGUCCAUUCUUGCUAAAGUGUCCCCAAAAAGUAUUUGAACAUUAAGCCACAUGUAACCAUUUUAUAGAUUUCACUGGAGUAGAAAACAAUAUUUCAAACCAAGGGGCAUGUACAGUGCCCUCCACUAAUAUUGGCACCCUUGGUAAAUAUGAGCAAAGAAGGCUGUAAAAAAUUGUCUUUGUUGUUUAACCUUUUGAUCUUUUGUUAAAAAAUAAUAAUAAAAAAAAUCACAAAAUACUCUGCUCUCAUAUGAAUUCAUAGGGAUGCCAGUAAUAGUUGCAGACCAAUAUUUGACAAAGAUAUAUUUUUUUGAUAAAUCUGUGUUGUUUACAAUUGUUUGAUGUCCAUGAGAGCAGAGUAUUUAUGUGAAUUUUUUUUAACAAAAGAUCAAAAGGUUAAAUGAUAGACAAUUUUUACAGCCUUCUUUGCUCAUAUUUACUAAGGGUGCCAAAAUUAGUGGAGGGCGCUGUAUUUUAAAGAAAGAUACCCCAAGCACAAUUUUCAAGCACUCGUAAUUGUAAAUUGUACUGUAUGUAUAGUUGUGCCCAAAAGUUUGCACACCCCUUGCAGCAUCUGCUAAAUCUUAAUACUGUUAACAAAAUAAGAGGGAUCAUAAAAAUCCUAUCUUGUUUUUUUAGUUCUGUCCUGAACAAAGUACUUCACAUAACAGAUAUUUACAUAUAGUCCACAAGACAAGAUAAUAGCUGAAUUUAUAAAAUGUACCCUGUUCAAAGUUUACAUCCCUUAAUGUAUCGUGUUGCCUUCUUGAGUAUCAGUGAGUGUUUGCACCUUAUGUAUCAGUUGUGUACGAGUCCCUCAAUUGUCCUCAGUGUGAAAAGAUGGAUCUCAACAUCAUAUAGCCGCUGUUGGAAGGGGCUCAAAUAUGCAGAAUAUGCUGGAAAAGCACAGAAUGUGCAGGAUCUGGAGGAGACUGUAGUAGAAGGGGCUGUUAAAUACAAUGUACUUUUCCAAACCAUUUCAGGUUUACUCAUUAAAGGAGUUGUUUUUAAUGUUUCUUUGACAUUCUGAUCAGUGCACUACUGAUCAGAAGGUCGUGAGUUCAAAUCCCGGCAGUGGCAGCAAGGCCCUUAACCCUCAACUGAUCAGCUGUAUAAAAUGAGAUAAAUGUAAAUUGUUCUGGAUAAGAACCAAAUGCUGUAAAUGGAAUAAUUGCAGUAUGAAGUUGGAUAUAUUGAGAUUGUAAGACAUUGACAUGAUCGUAUAUAUAUUCUUAGAUUCCUGUAAUUCCAUGACUGCGUGGUCAAAUAGUUGAUGAAUAGAUGUUAUAUUCUUGAAUAGCCAUGAACUAAUAGAAAUUGUGUGUUUUCUUGAUUUAAAAAGUCAGGAUUUGACCAGAUAUGAGAAUAGUUGUUAGGAACAACGAUGAUGAAAAUAAAGUUCCUCCAUCGGCAUAAUCAAUUAAAUUAAGCAAUUGCCGUAACUCUGUAGUGGUUUUUAUAACUGAAAUAAUAAAAAGGGAUUUCUGAUAUUUUGCCGGAAUAGCUGACA